GUCGGUGAACCACUAAGAUCUUACCGCGUUGAGAUCAGCACAGUCUAAUCUGAGGUGGGGUUUUGCAUUUGCUUUACCGGAGCAGAGCUGAGCUACAUUAUCGGAGGAGAAGACCGAGGAGCAGAGAGAGAGGGAGAGGAGGGAAAUGGGUCUGCUCACGAACAAAGUAGAGAGGGAUGAGAUCAAGCCGGGAGAUCAUAUUUACACCUACAGAGUUGCCUUCACCUACUCUCACCAUGGUAUCUAUGUUGGAGGAAGCAAGGUAGUUCACUUCAAACCAGAGACAAAAUUAGAUUCUAGCAUGGAGUCAUCUUCAGAUCUAGACAAUUCAAUAUCAAGCCUCCAAUUGUCUUGUCCAACUUUUCCUGAUUGUGGAUUCCAGAAGCCAGAUAGUGGAGUAGUGCUUUCAUGCUUGGAUUGCUUCCUUAGAAAUGGAUCCCUGUACUGCUUUGAAUAUGGGGUGAGCCCAACAGUUUUCCUUGCCAAAGUACGUGGAGGCACAUGCACCACUGCAGCAUCUGACCUGCCAGAGACAGUUAUCCACAGGGCUAUGCAUCUUCUUCAAAAUGGAUUUGGAAAUUAUGACAUAUUUCAGAACAACUGUGAGGAUUUUGCUCUAUACUGCAAAACUGGUCUUCUAAUAGUGGACAAGCAAGGGGUUGGAAGAAGUGGCCAAGCUUCUUCUGUAAUUGGUGCCCCCUUGGCUGCCCUUCUCUCUUCACCGUUAAAGUUGCUGAUGCCAAGCCCCGUUGGUGUAGCAACAGUCACUGCUGGAAUGUACUGCAUGAGUAGAUAUGCAACUGACAUAGGUGUUCGAAGUGAUGUGAUCAAGGUAGCAGUGGAGGACUUGGCUAUGAACCGUGGGUGGGCAGGUCAUCUUCUGGAAGCACCAGAGGAAAAUGAGGCUGAGGCUUCCAACAAACAAAUUGCGAUUAGGAGGUGACCUGGAUUUCAUCCUUAUGCUUUGAAAGCUGCAUACAUAGAUCAUUUAUCAGGUUCUUAAGCAUUUCUUCUGAACUUACGAUUUCAUUAUCCACCUAUAUAAAUUUAGCUUUUCUGAACUGCAUUCUACCUGUUGAAGUUGUGUAUUUAGAUGGAACCUUUAACUUCAAUUGUGGAAUUUGCUUGUCUAUUGUUGUGCAUCAUCAAUUUCUUGAAAUAUGAUUUGAUAACUUCUAGUUGUCUCUAUCAAAGUAAUUGUUGAAGUAGAAAUAUAAACGUGGUCUAGUUUC